UCACACACUCUCAGCUUCUGCGCAUCAUUUAAGGGGAGCCCGGCUGUCGCUUUCCGCGAUCAGUACUGCCUACUUAAUAACAACCAAACCGCUUCAACCUUACUCCGGCACUUUUUCUCUUUUUCUCCCUGUGUCUGACGCCAAUCGUUCAACUUAAACCGACUCGCACCACCGUUAUAUGGAAAAUACGGGUCUGUUAGGCGCAUUUAUUCUCUCCUACCCGAGAGGAAGCGCACGGUGGAAAACGUUUUUUGGACGGAAGCAAAGCAGCCGUGAUUCAUGGACGUACAGCGCAUCAUGAGAAUACUACAACUACAAACAAGAUGUUAUUUUUAAAGUAGCCUUCAUCCACACUCUGCUUUGGAGUCAAGAGACACCCUGGUGCAUCCUUUCUUAUGGACCUUCUAGUCUCAUGCAAGGCUUCUGAAGUGACAAUGGGAGGACCUGGCAUGGACCGCUGUGUCUAAAUGAAGUGGUUCAGCCAUGCAAUGUUCCUGGAAGGCAGUGAUUCUGCUGGCCUUGGCCUCCAUUGCCAUCCAGUACACGGCCAUCCGGACACUCACCUCCAAGCCUUUCCAGCUGUGCCCGUUGCCCAGCCCCCAGAACUGUGGUCUAGGGAGCCAGGAGACAGAACCUCCCUUUGAGAGGGGAACAGGAGGUGGUGGAGGCUGUGAGGACUACCCUUACUUUUCCAUCAAUGCCACACGUAAAACACACAUCCUGGUCCUGGCCACCACCCGUAGCGGCUCUUCCUUUGUUGGCCAGCUGCUCAACCAGCACCAGGAGGUAUUCUACCUGUUUGAGCCUCUUUAUCAUGUUCAGACCACACUGAUUCCACGUCUGUCACACAGUCGCAAUGCUGCAGAUCGGCGUGUAAUGCUGGGCGCUAGUCGAGACCUCCUGCGUAGCCUGUACGGUUGUGACCUGUAUUUCCUGGAGAGCUAUAUCAAACCGACGCCCACAAACCACACCACAGAUAAACUGUUCCGUCGUGGUGCCAGCCGAGCAUUGUGUCAGCAACCUGUAUGUGAUGCCUUUGGCCCUGCUGAUGUUAAUGUGGAGGAAGGGGACUGUGUAAAGAAAUGUGCAACUCUAAACAUGACCCUAGCAACAGAGGCAUGCCGUGAAAAGCGGCACGUGGCAAUCAAAAUUGUUCGGGUGCCAGAGAUUGGAGAUCUACGUGCUUUGGUGGAAGACCCACGUCUGAAUAUCAAAGUGAUUCAACUCGUCAGAGAUCCACGUGGUAUCCUGUCAUCACGGAUUGAGACAUUCAGGGAUACGUAUCGUCUGUGGCGUAUUUGGAGGGCCACGGGGCGAAGACCAUAUAAUCUAGACUUGAGUCAGCUUACAGUUGUCUGUGAGGACUUUCUCAGUUCUGUUUCAACUGGUCUCAACCAUCCCUACUGGCUUAAAGGAAAAUACAUGUUGGUUCGCUAUGAGGAUUUGGCUAGGAAUCCGCUUCUCAAAACAAAGGAGAUCUAUGACUAUCUGGGGCUGCCUUUGGAUAAAAAUGUGGAAGACUGGAUACAUGCAAACACUCGAGGCAGCAAUGAGCCCUCAGCAAAACACAAGUUUGGUACAGUGAGGGAUUCAGCAGCUAAUGCAGAGAGCUGGCGUUUGAAACUGUCUUAUGACAUGGUAGAAUACACGCAGACUGUGUGUCAAAAAGUACUUCACCAGCUGGGAUACAAGGCUGUGAAAUCAGUAGAGGAACUAAAAAAUAUGUCCCUCUCACUGGUACAGGACAAAACUUUUGUACCUUUUUUGUAACAAAGAUAGUUCUCUAAUGACUAUUUUUGAUAUAUUUAUAAUUGUUGCCUUAUAAGUUCCUUAGUUUGUCUGUUUUUUCUGUUUGUUUCUUCAAAUUUGCACUAAACUUUUGAAUGCACCAAGGGAACUAUUAAUGGUUCCCCAAUGUUACAGAACAGCACACUUUAAACACAAAGUAAUCAAACAAGCUAGUUUUCAGAUGUCUCAUUAUUUAGUUUUUCCAUGGUUAGAACCAAGACAAGGCACUGUCUUUAUAAAUUUAUAAGUUUCCAUUAUGCAAGCUGUUGUUUCAACAAAAGUGAAAUGUUGCUCUUCAAAAACAUGGGAUGGAAGAUGGGAGGAGUUUGGUAAAGCAGACAUGCUUUUUUUUAGAACCGUGAUGGCAAAUCUGGACUGUACAAGCCCUACUGUGCAAUAAAUAAUGAAUGUCACAGUCAGCCUUUACCACUAUGGAAUUUCUAUUCAUGUGGGAAGAGAAGAGAUACUUCUGACAGAUGCUACACUUGCAAAGGAUAAUUGCUGACAAUUAAUAGGCUCUCAAUUUAAAGGGACAGAAUCCCACUGGAGGUCACAAGUGUUUCAUCAGAGGAUUUACAACCAUCUGUGAUAGACAAACACACACUAAUGAGAGGUAAUGCUGUAAUCUUCAUUACUGUAGGUAUUACAGAAUGUGUAAAUUUUACACACAUGUAAAUAUUAUACACAGAUGGGUGUCAAAUGAAAGGAAGAACCAACAUGAAGUGUCUUAGUAUGGAGUAAGGCCUCCACGAGCCUCCAAAACAGCUUCAGUGCUCAUUGCCAAGUCUGUGGAACUGUAUUGGACGGAUGAACACCAUUGCUUCACAAUAUAGACCCUUAUUUAUACAUACCACCUUCAUUUAAUCAAGUAAUAUCAUUGAGAUUAAGAUCUCUUUUGCAAGAGAGACCUGGGUGCAGCAGAUACAAAGAAAAACAAAUAUAGACAGACAUAUGAAAAGAACAAAUAGCAUCAGAGACAGUCACAGACAUCACUAAAUGAUUUGAAUAUAAAGGUUUGAUAUAUUUUGGUCUUAUACAGAUGGUGAUGGAGAGCAUUCUUACACAGUGCAAGAUCUUACAAACUGGGUUGAGAUCUUGUGACUGUAAAGGCUGUAGCGUUUGAUUCUUGUCAUGUUCAAACUCACCAAACCAUUCAGUGAGCUCAGUUGCACGGAUAUGCAUCUGCAUUUCAGGUUUUUCCUUUAAUUUGUGUCCCAUCUGUAGGUUCUAAUCCAAGUACACGUAGACACUGAAGCAUUCUGAUGAAGAAUUGUACUUGUCAGUUGUAUUUAUUUAUUUAUUUUUUAAUUUGUAGAGUUCAUUUAUUCUAAAUCAUACACAGUGUGAAAUUUAGACCACCUUUUCUGUCUUUAAUUAAAAAAUGUUUAUGCUAUUGUUGUCCAUU